CGAUGUCUUCAAACGAGUACUUUAUUGCGCCUUUGCAGCGCAACAGCCAAUGCAUCAGCUUCCCAGAAUGGGUUUCCCUAUUUACGCUUUGCCUCGCCCCACUAAUCGCCCACGUUGCCUCCGGCGCGCCCCCAGUAUCAUAUCUUUCACCCAGUCGCCCUAAGUGGCACGAGCAUCUCUGCCAUUAUAACCCAACAUCAAUCAUCUGGCGAUACGCCGCCAUCACAGACCGGCGGAUUCGCGCCACUCGCUGGAGCCAAAAUGACCUCGCAGCCAGCAACGCCAUUUUCUGGACGGCAAAGGGAUGGGAUGGUGGGGAGGACAUGGUAUUCACCGCUGCUCCGCACUGUUCGCGGUGUCCGGAACUCACGCGAGUACGGAUCUUUUCAGUGACGAUGCUGAAGACUAUAAUCACAACGUUGCAGGGCCUAGCAGCGUUGUACUCGCUCAUCGGGACACUCGCCGGCUUUACAACCCUACACUUCGUCAAAAGAAUGGGCGUGGAUAUGCUCUUUUUACCCUUGGCCAUUUUGGGGCUUUUACGACUUUGCGCUGCAACCUGGCUUACCGAAGACUUUGGUUAUUCUCCACGGGACGAUGGCUUGAAUAAUAUGCUCUUACGACGGUUCCCGAACCUAGCAAUCAGUGAACAUGAGAUACAACUCAUAGACCCAAGUGACACCCUCGACCCAUUCCUGGUGACGCCUCUCCCGCUGGGUGCUCAUUUCAGAUCUCCCAACUCCUCUUACUCCAGUCGCAUCUUUCGUGUUUUCUAUCUCCUGGUCCUCGGAGGUGUCUGGGGAGUAUCCGUUGCAUAUACUAUGCCGGCUGGCCGCGGCCAGCAGUCUAGAUACACCACGACCUCCUUUCUCGUCGGCCUCUUCUACUUCGUUUUCCUCACUAUAUCUAUUGUACUAUAUACCUUCUACUUUUUUUUCCGCAGCCAGACCACUACCACGCUUCUACCUUGCAUUUCUAGAAUAUGGUAUAGGGUCUAUACUGUGCUGCUUAUGGGAUUCAUUUCAGUCUUGAUUGUCAUCGCGAGUAUUGAGACAAACAUGACUCCUACUGGGCUAUAUUCAAGUGAACCGCCAAUAGUGCAGCUAGAGUGUCGUCAUCUUGUCAACUAUUUAUCAUUCUUACCAAACUCACCAUUCUUGGGGUUGGCGUCGCGGGUGGAGGUGAACAAGACUUGGCUGGAGCAGAAUUACUCAAGCAUACCAGUAGCAGGAUUUUCGGGGCAUAAUGCCUUAUUGGAAGAGAGGUAUUGGUUGUACAAUUAUACUGGGUAUUGCGUAGGGCGGUUUGAAGAUACGGGGAGGUAGCGGAGAAUAUUUGGCAGAUUGUAGCGUUUUGCACUGGAACGAAGUAUGGAGAAUCAAAAGGAUCUAGACAACGCGAAGGAUAUCCAGGGGCUAGCUAAUGCUCAUCGCCAUUUUCUAC